AUGACUGUCUACACUCAGUCUCCUAUGAAAGACAACACACAAGAAGAUUCUGUGGCUUAUGUUUCUGGCAGUUUUCUCAUCAUGAAUGAAGGUCCUGAAGUGGUCGAUGGUCCCAUCAUGAUGUUGGAUGCCUCCACUGUUGAAAAUAUCAGGAUUUUGGCGGAAGACAUGCAGCCCUCCAACACCCAACUGGCUACUGCCCACUUCGUGGGUCAAGUCACCACUGUGGGUAAUGGUUCUGGCCGAGAAUUUGGACUGAACGUCAGUACUUAUAGUCCAAAGGAAAAAACCCAAGUCUGUUUCAAAGUGCACCUUCACUUCGAUGACUCCAACCAUCGCUUCGAUAAUUUCCGUGUACCCCGCCCAGGUUUGAAUGUUAAUGUCCAAGCGAAAUGGAAACGUGACUCCAGUAAUCACAUGCACUGGCUCAUCGAAAACAUUGCAUACCUUGGGGCCGUCUCCCUAACAGAAGGUCCAAAGGCAUCUUCUUCCAAAAGUCAAACUGCUUCGGAGUCUGUCAUCCAUGGGGAAUCGAUGGCGACCACCAGUGGGCUGACUGAAGAAAGGAAGAACGAGGUGAUGUCACUCCACACGGAUGAGGUGGAAUUGGAGCUGGAAGAUGAUGUGGACUGCAAAGGCAAGGGUAAGAGCUGUCCCAAAAAAUCCAAAUAA